UCAAAGCCACCAAUAGACGAAGAACGAUAAUUACCAGUUCGCGGCAGAUAUCGAUUUAAAACUUAGUAGAAACGUGUUCAAGGAUCAUGCGAGAUCCCAACGGGAAUAUGAAUGUAAUGCGCCUGCAAACUUGCAAACCUCGGCAUAGACCAAAUAUAUUGGCAAAUAACGGGGAACUUCAAUCGCGUCUAGGGAAACCACACCAGCAUAUUGAAAUUAAGCAAUCAGCGCGUCACGUAAAUCAAAUUAGAGCUAUUGCCCAAAAUAUCGAUGCACAUGAUUCGCUAUAUCAUAUACUUUUUGAAUGCGAAAGCGCUGAACAAGAGAGAAACGUGGCUAGAGCAGAGGCGACUGACGAUCACGGAUCUACUGCACCUGAGUGCUGUCGUUCAACAUGGACCAGUAAACAAACUGAAAGAUUAUGUUAUUCUACCUUUAAGGAAAUAGUACUUAUAUAUAUAUCCCAUAAAAUAGGCGGGGUGAGCUAUUACAUGUGGCAAAGCUUGACACUGAAUGAAUUGUUGGCGACCCUAGUAUAUUGUCAAAGAAGUAAUGUGUUCAAUUCAUAAAAUGUCUUCAAUUAAAACGUCAGCAAAGCAAAUUAUUCAUACGGCCUUAGCAAUAAUAAAAAACUCAACUACAGUCAAACGAAAAUUGUAUUAAAAAUUCAACGAUACUUGAAAUUGUUGGAAUACGUUUGCGACAAGAAUGCUACAAAUUUUAAAAAUGAAGGACAAAAGCAAAAAAAGAGAUAUGCAAGAAAGCUUAAUAUACUGCAGAGUGGAUUAAGAGAUGCCAGUGCACAGCGUCUCAUCAAAAUACAUGAACACAAGAAUUGAUGGGGACACAUCCGAGGAAUAGACGAAAAUAGAUGGGCUUAAAUCGAUUUGGCAAAUAAUUGUGAAGCGAUUGGUAAAAUUAACGAGAAUUCGGUCUCAAGUCACCCUAGGCAUUGCAUACAUCUGUACACAUUUGAUAUA